AUGCCUCCCCACAACGACGUAGAGACCUUCCAUGAGGUCCUUCGUUCCAGCCGUCGCAUCCUGGCCCUCUGCGGCGCUGGCUUGAGUGCCUCGUCUGGUCUCCCAACUUUCCGUGGAGCCGGAGGUCUCUGGAGGAUGCACUCGGCUACAAAGCUAGCUACGAUGAGGGCCUUUACGACGGAUCCGGGUCUUGUGUGGUUAUUCUAUGGUUAUCGACGACACCUGGCCUUGCAAGCCAAGCCAAACCCUGGCCAUCAAGCUCUGGCGGCCUUGGCCAAGAAGAAUCCGGAUUUCUUGUGUUUAACACAAAAUGUUGACAGUGAGUUCUUCAACCGCCCAUACUUGGAAAGGGAGUGGGCACCCGCUCUUUGGGGUCAGUUGAGUACCUCCAAGAUGUUUCGUGGUUGGACUAAUGCAAGGCCAUUUGCGCCUUGGUCGCUAUCUGUAGACCUGUCUCAACGAGCAAACCAUCCACCUGAGCAACUGUGCACGCUGCACGGCUCCUUGUUCGAUAUAAAAUGCACGACAGAAGGCUGCGGUUGGAUUCAGCGGGACAACUUUGACGACCCAUUCUGCCCAUCUUUAAAGGCUGCCUCGGAGGAUCCUCCCCCUGGGGAGUCACUCCCUCUCUUGGACCCGUACCACCGAAUCAAGCACGUUCCCGAAGAGGAGCUGCCCAAAUGUCCCAAGUGCCAAACGGGCAUUCAACGACCUGGUGUGGUCUGGUUUGGCGAGGAGCUUGAUGAGAAUAUGCUUGACCAUAUCGAUGAAUGGAUCACAAAGGAUAAGAUUGUACGCGUCAGCACUACCCUGCUUUGGCUGGCACAGUGA